CAUACUAGUAAUGUAAUGGCAGUGGGAUUCCAGUGUGAUGGAAAUUGGAUGUAUUCAGGUUCUGAAGACGGCACCGUAGAGAUUUGGGAUUUGAGGGCUCCAGGUUGCCAGAGAGAAUAUGAAAGUCGUGCAGCUGUAAACACAGUUGUGCUUCAUCCAAAUCAGAGGGAACUUAUAUCUGGAGACCAAAAUGGCAAUAUACGGGUCUGGGAUUUGACAGCUAAUUCAUGUAGUUGCGAGUUGGUUCCAGAGGUAGAUACAGCAGUAAGGUCCUUAACAGUGAUGUGGGACGGGAGCUUGGUUGUUGCUGCAAACAACCAUGGAACAUGUUAUGUGUGGCGCUUGAUGUGUGGAAUGCAGACUAUGACCAAUUUUGAGCCACUUCAUAAACUACAAGCACACGACGGCUACAUCCUUAAGUGUCUGUUAUCACCUGAGUUUUGUGAACCCGAUAGAUAUCUGGCUACGACAUCAUCUGACCAUACAGUUAAGAUAUGGAAUGUUGAUGGUUUCACCUUGGAGAAAACUUUAGUCGGGCAUCAACGCUGGGUAUGGGACUGUGUCUUUUCAGUUGACGGUGCUUACUUAAUCACAGCUUCAUCUGAUACCACAGCAAGGCUCUGGAAAAUAGAUAGUGGUGAAGCCAUGGGAGUAUACCAAGGCCAUCAUAAAGCAAAUGUUUGUUGUGCACUUCACGAUGGUGCUGAAUCUUCUCAAUAUUGA